GCAAAAGUACAGUAGUCAUGGUGAAAACCCAUAAGCUGUACUAUGCAGGGGAAAAUCGGUCCCUAAGGUGGUAUGAUGACUUUGGGUCUUUCUGCUGAAACAGUCCUGUAAUGGGAAAGGAAAUGGGUCAAAGAAUAGGUUUUCAAGCUGUAUUUCAUGAAAAAUCAGUCUCAACAAAGUGGCAAUGACUCUCCAUCCCUCCAGUAGCUCUUGACUCAUCCUGGUGCACGUCCAGAAUAAACUUGUGGCAGAGCUCCUUGGCAUCCUGUGCUGAUCCACAGGUGAACAGUAACAUCAUACAGCCCGAGAGUGUGGAUGAGGUGCAAGGCGGCUGUGUGCAGCACUGGGAAGCACGGAGACGUGAGCACUGGACAUCGUCUUCUAAAAGCAGCAAGCUCAUUGGAAAGGUGCUCUGACCAAGGGCCCUUGUACAGGAGUGGGUGCUGUCCUUGCACUGGAGUGAGCCAAAUAGGUUGGCCAAGGUCGCUUGCUAGUGACAGAAGGUGUGUGUUGCACUGAUCAGUGACAACCUCCUGGGCAGGGGCUCCUUCACAGGAAUGGCAUUUAGAAGGUUGCAUGAAGCUAAAGCUCUGAAUUUUUCCACUAAAUAUGACAUGAGUCAUUACUACAAUUAUAUUCUGCUUUUUGGAUUUGCCUUCUCACCUAUGAAAUUGCUGCUUUUUUUGGUGUAUGAGAUUACUUGUGUGCUACAAAACAGAUUCUCACCUAAGUGGUAGCUACUGGUUUGCUUAUACUGUAACACUUCAGAGCCAUUAUUCAUGGGCUUCUAGAAGUCCCUGGGGCGCUCGCUGAAGUAGAUCACUCUGAAAAUGGGAUGCCAGUAGUGGGUAAAGAGGAAGCUGGUAAAAGCUUUGGAGAUGGUAGAACGUCCUGCACAGCAGUGGCAUAGGCAUAGCUAAAUGGUGGCAGUGGUGCCCAUACAAAAGAUCUUGAUAUGCAUCUGAGUGAGGAAAUACUUGGAAGAGCCACUCAGUGAGAGGUUCAGGGGGAGGAAGUGGCUUCUCACUGCUGGCAACUCAGAACUGCAUGGGAACCUGCUAAAAAGCAAGGGCUGGAAAGGAGGGAAGAAGUCGCAUGUAUAGUCUCUCUAUGUGGUAUAAAGAAGGAAGGAAGAGCUCAAUGUAGGUGGCUGAACAUAUGGCAAAAGCCUCCAGAGCAUGGACAGGAAGUGGCCCUUGACUCCAUCACAUUGCAAAUGAGGCAAAGGGCUCGCCAGCAUGUGCUGGAAGGGGGCAAAGCCUCUGAUGGGCCUUGCUAAUUCGAUUUGGGAACUAGAUCAAAUUCAACCCGACACUAGGCCUCUCUCUUCCCAAGCACUGCAGCAAGGGGAUGGCCAGUGCUCUGACCUGCUACUUAAAUGUUUGCUGAGCAUCUAGAAUCCUCAGAGUGUAAAGUCACAAAGAGUAAUUGUCCUAUCACCAUUGAAAGGUAGUGGCAGCAAGGUGCUUGCUUCCCUCAGGAACAUCUCCUUCCCUCCUGAUGUUCUGCUUCAUUUCAAAACAGGACAUCACACUGGUGUAACUGGAAAGGCCAGAGUUGGUCUUCAACCUCCUCCAACCAUUCUUUCCGAAACUCCCUUCCAUGGGCAGAGCUGAUGGUUUUCAGGGGGAAAUAGUGGAUCUGAAAGAGGAUAGAUGAAAAGACUGCUCUUGUGCCUGAUCAUCUGCUCACUAGUUCCCAUGUGGCCCAGAAACACCAAGGUUGAUCAUGCUGUCUCUUCCUACAGGAAGAUGAAAAAGCACUACGUGGUUGGAGCUCUGUCUGCAGCCCUGCUGGGACUCAUCUUGUUCCUGGGACUCUUCUUCGGGCUGCGCCAUGACUCAUGGGACACACACAUCUACAAGAGGGCAGCUGUGGCUACAGAUGCGGGGCAGUGCUCAAUAAUUGGAAGGGACAUCCUUCAGCAAGGAGGGUCAGCAGUGGAUGCAGCAAUUGCAGCUCUGCUCUGCGUAGGACUCAUGAACGCUCACAGCAUGGGCAUUGGUGGGGGCCUCUUCUUUACCAUCUACAGCAGCACAGGGAAAGUGGAAAUCAUUAAUGCAAGAGAGGUGGCUCCAAAAAAAGCAUUGUCAGACAUGUUUGGGAACAACACAGAGAGAUCUCGGAAAGGAGGACUGUCCAUCGCAGUUCCGGGAGAAAUUCGAGGCUAUGAAUUGGCUCACAAACGUCACGGCAAAUUAGCGUGGAAAGACCUGUUUAUGCCCAGCAUCAAGCUGGCAAGAGAAGGGUUCCCAAUCGGGAAAGGCCUUGGAGCAGCCCUCAAAUCAAGAGAGGAGUCAAUUGAAAGCAAUCCUUCACUGUGCGAAGUGUUCUGCAGAGGAGGAAAAAUUCUGCAGGAGGGCGAUAUCGUCAAGAUGCCUAAGCUAGCCAAUACAUAUGAGACUAUAGCCAACGAGGGAGCAGAUGCCUUUUACACAGGAAGCCUGGCAAAACAGAUCAUCGCUGACAUCCAGAGUGUAGGGGGCAUCAUCACAAUGGAGGACCUGCGGGACUAUAAUGCAACAGUGAUUGAAAACCCUAUAAACAUCACCCUUGGGGAGUUUAUUCUCUACACACCUAGUGCCCCCCUAAGCGGCCCGGUACUAGCACUCAUUUUCAACAUACUGAAAGGAUAUAAUUUCUCUGUUGACAGCAUCAAAACCCUGGAGGAGAAAGGUCUGACUUACCACCGCAUUGUGGAAGCCUUCCGCUUUGCCUAUGCCCAGAGGACAUUACUAGGAGAUCCAAAAUUUACCAACAUCGAUGAGGUGAUCAAAAACAUGACAUCUGAGUUCUAUGCGGAUAGUCUCCGGAGGAAAAUCACAGACAACACCUCCCAUCCAAUUGACUACUAUGAGCCAGUGUAUCACACUGCAGCUGAUGCUGGUACAUCCCACCUCUCCGUUGUGGCCGAUGACGGCAGUGCUGUGUCCGCCACCAGCACCAUCAACCAAUACUUUGGCUCUGAUAUACGAUCCAACAUCAGUGGAAUCAUAUUUAAUGAUGAGAUGGACGACUUCAGCUCACCUAACAUAAUCAAUGGAUUUGGGAUCCCUCCUUCUCCAGCAAACUUCAUAGCACCAGGUAAACAGCCAUUGUCCUCCAUGUGCCCCUCUAUCUUGGUGGAUAAAACAAAAAAGGUCAGGAUGGUGGUUGGUGCUUCUGGAGGAACAAAAAUAACCACAGCAACAGCACUGGCAAUCAUCAAUUCCCUCUGGUUUGGUUAUGAUGUCAAGAAAGCAGUGGAAGAGCCUAGAAUUCAUGAUCAACUGUUUCCCAGUAUCACUGAGCUGGAGCAGGAAAUAGAGGAGAGGUUGUUUAGCUCAAAGGACUUGCAAAACAGUGAACCACAUCAGGGCCUGAAGCACCCAAGUAGUCUAAAUCCAGCGAUCCUCAGGAAACUCUUGUCCUAUUGUGCAGCCUCCUGAUGAAUCCUGCAGAGCUGGCACAGUGCUAGCGAGGGAGGGUGCACGUGGGGAGCUGAGAACAAGCCUGAAAAUAUUCUCACAGUAAAGAUCUCUGCACAGAACUGUCUGUCAGUCUGCAACCUGAUGGCAGGAUCUGCCAUGCUCUGGAUACCACUCCCCUCAGCUGGCAGCUUCACUUCACCCUGAGGUAUUAAGCAUUUCAGAGACCUGAGGCAGAUGUGGUCUUUGUACACAUCUCAUCCCAUGUCUGUCAUUAGCAAAAGCACUCCUAGAUAAGCCAACUUUUUUCAUCAAACUAUCCUGAAGAUCCUCUUUUAUCUCCAGAUAAAAUAAACUUCUUAUUAAUGUAAUAACUAAGAUAUGUGCCUGCACUGGGGAGGAUGCCCUGCCCCCAAACAGGAUCCAUCAUUCCUGGCUGUCAAUAUCUGAAUAUGUGAGGCAGAAUGCUCUGGGACUCAGGGAUAGUACUGGUAGCCCACACUGAAUACCACAAAUGCCACCUCUUCUCAACUCCACCUCUUCAAAGCAAAGCAUCCCAGAAAGCAGCAGGAGGAGGAGGGACAGUAUGUAACUUCAGGGGACCUACCUAACACAGGCACCAAACACUCAGGUAGCCAUGGAGGAUGCAGGUCACAGAAAGCAGCACAUAUGCAGUUUCUUUCUCCUGUUAUACUCAUGUACUUCUGUA